UGGGGGAUGUUCACUCAUUCGCUUGCAACACAUCACCUUGCUGGAGGAUUGCCAUGGCAACAGGUUGCCCAUAGCGACGGGGUACCGCUCCGUUCCCGCCAGCCAGAGUGCACGAGAACGAGCACAAAAACACAGGCGCGCGCCAGGGUGAGGUCCGUGCGCCCAGACAGAGAGGCGGCUCGCUUGGACGCGGGAGACGAACCUGAGGAAUGUGACUUGACGACUAGGAGAAGAAGAAGAAGAAGAGGACCAGGUAUCUCUGCCCAGCCCGUCUUCCCUGCGAGGUUUGAGUGCGCCCACCAAAGAGCUGGAGCCGCGACGCUCAAGCAUGGACGUGCCCAGGAUGGCCGAGGGCCUCUUCAGCAGCACGCUGUCGACCUCGGGCGGCGGCCAUCACGCGGCAUCCUACCUGACGCUGGAGCAGAAGGCGGCGUUCGUCUUCGUGCUGCUGCUCUUCAUCUUCUUGGCCCUCCUCAUCGUGCGCUGCUUCCGCAUCCUGCUGGACCCGUACCGCAGCAUGCCCUCGUCUAACUGGACCGACCACACCGAGAAGGACACCUUCGACUACCGCAUCGUCUGAGCUCUGGCCCCGCCUCCUCAGAUCACAAUGGCUGCUCAGUCGCCAGGAGAAUGGCUGCCAAACCUCCACCGAGACCUCUUCUGAGCCGUCCGCCCCUCCCGCUCCCCUAGUGGACUACCUCGUUCCUCCGUGUUCUGUGUGGAACGUCUCAACAGGGUCCAAAUGUUUUUCUUGACUUUGCAAACAGAGUUUACAUGCGAGCGUCUUUAUUAGAGUUAGACAAUCAGUGUUGUCCCGCAUAGUCGACUUCCUCCGAGGCUUCACGCCUUCUUCUUCGUCUUCUUGACACCGUUCCGAGACCUCCCUUUAACGUGAUGUUAGGACAGACGGAUGGUGGCGGUGUCAUGUGACCUUCCAGCCUUGAGUUUCCUGUGCUGUACCGUGUGCCUCAUGGAUGUUCUUCUUACAGCGUCACUGCCCGCAGUCUCCUCUCAUCAAACCCUUUAGCAACUGACGCCGUGACUCUUGUCAGCCUUAUAGUGUAGAUUGUUUACAGUCUUCUUGGCCUUCCUGGUGAUGUCAUUCAAAGAGAGACAUUCCCCCGCCUCUUCCCCCUCCUCCUGAGAAUCUUUUUGGCGACAUGUGACAUGUUCUCGUGAUGCUGUGGCCUUUUCCCCCCCGAACCAGUCGCACAAGUUUCUCUCUGGCUUUGUCGUGUGCAUGUAUCUGGCAGACGUGCAUGGUAGACGUGACGUGCGCGCUUCCUGAUGUGUCCUGUCUGCGCCGGAGGCUUCGCUUUCCUUCCUUUCCUUGUUUUUGGAAUAAAAGAUUGCACAGCCUCCGUCUUGGUGUCUCUUCCUUCAUGGCGUGCCAGAAGGCAGCAGGUGUUCAGAGACAAAUAAAAGAUGGAUUCCUCAAAGCCCUGCCACUCGGGUGCUGGAAAACAUUUCAAUUUCACAUUUUAUCAGCGGCCGGCAGCAGGAGCCCGCCGGGCUCACGAUUGGUUCUCUUUGAGGCAGACAGGUAGAAUGUACACACACUCUCACACACACACACACACACACACAUACACACACACAAACAAGGCUCCAGGUUGUCCUCUGAGUCGAGACCCAGCACAACGUUACACAGAACGACGUGUUGCAAUCAUUUGCAGACAGCCGCAGACACAUGCAUGUGCACGUACGUACACGUGAAAUAUGAAGCGGAUCAGAAUUUUAAACGGGAGAUGAUCUUGUUACGCAAUGUGCUUGUCACUUUUCAAAAUAAAGAAGAAAUAAGCCGCUUGGCGCCAUUAGAAAGUGUCAAGGCCGCAACACGUUGACGAAGUUGAGUGGGCAGGGCGAGUGCUCUGAUUGGCUGUCUGGGUUGACUGACACGAAUGAUGUUCUAUUUCCUGUUACCACGGCAACCUGAGUCUUUCCUUCCGAACAGUGUUAGUUCUUGUCUGCGGUGUAACCAUGGUUACGCCAUGUCAUUUUAGUGUCGCAUGUACGGAUGAAUAAUAUCGGCCGACCAAUAUUAUCGGCUGAUAUUGACAUCAAAAUGAGAUAUCAGCUGUCAUUGUCAUUUUUUCUGUCUGAUAUCAGCACGCGAGUGAGAACUCAUCAAACUGCGCCAUCCACUACAGAGGAACAAGCUUGCUAGCUCAGUAUGUCCGCGGUGUGAAAUUAUUUCCUAAUUUUUGCCUUUGGAUUGUAAAUAUGCAAUUUGCUUUGACUCAAAUAGUGGGGCAUGUCCCUAUGGGGGUCAGGAGAGGAAGGAGGUACUAUACUCUUCAAGGUUCUUCAAGGUUGGCAAGUCUGUUAGUGUCCUGCUCCCGCUAACAAUGCUAGCUCAGCAGACAGAUAACAAAAUAAAGACUUCUUUGCAGCUCUAAUUUGGAGCCUUUGCUUGAAGCACUGCGAAACUAAACAUACAGAAAACAUGUCAAAAUAUGAUUUAAACAGGAUAUAAAAUAAUAAAAUAAGGACACUGAAAAUGAAAAGACCUGCAUUCAAACAAAUGCACUAGCUCAGUGCUAACAUGCAUUAGAAAUCCCAUAUGCGUGCUAGUGAUUAGCAUUAGUGGUUUUUAGGGCAACUUCAAACACCUCCAAAAAUGAUGUACAGCCCGUAUAAGCGUCUAGGUGAAGUAUAAAACACAAAACAAAGCACAACACACUUACAGGCAAACACGUCCUCAGGCUCAACAAAAGAAAAUGGAACAUUGUACACGCCACUGCAGGUGACUACUCCCUGACUGUGACAGAUACUGAAAUAUCGAUAUGUCCGAUACCAGCUCUUCAUGCACUCAAAUCGAUUCUCAAAUCAAA